AUGUCCGUCUCGCACGUUGAACCGCAUCUGCUUGCCUAUGGCCCCACAAGCUCGCUUCCAGGGAACCCAGUCGCGUAUUAUAUCAAUCCCAUUGGGAUUCAAUCGAUCAUUCUGUCUGCAGCGGAACUUUCUUAUUCUACGACACUAACUGCUGAGAAUGUCAAGCCAUUUUCAGCAGACGCUGUCCUGCGUCCUGAGGCCGAUUCUUCCCAGAAGAUCACCAUUCCUGUUGUGCAGGGCAUGGGAUACGUCACUGGAGUCUACGAUGAGCUUCAGCCUGUGGUUCAGAGUGCCGUUCAUUUCCGCCAAGUUGUUACUGCCGGUUCGCCCAAAGCCGGAAUCUUCAAAUACCGUGCUACUCUUGAGGAUGGCGCUAUCUGGCUCAUUUAUGUGACUCCACAGGAUGGCCAGGAUCCAAAUCUGCAGCUGGUCUCGACUACCGAUCUACGCGGUCCGGCGGACUGGUCAGGUACUAUUCAAGUCGCAAAGAACCCCGCUGGCUCUUCUGGAGAAAGCCUCUAUGACAACUCGUCCGGUGUCUUCCCCGUCGAGGCCGUCGUUUCCGGCGCAGUCAACGACCGUACUGGCACUUACCGUCUCUCCUGGGGUAAGGCCGGCAAGGACGUCCAGAGCACGCCUCUUAUGAUGUUCGCCCUCCCUCACCAUGUCGAAGCGUUCGACUCGCAGACCAGUAGUCGCGCGGUCAAUAUCACUCUACGAACCACCACCAAGGGAGCCGCAAGAGCAGUCAUUGGCGAAUACUGGACUAUGACCGAACCCGAUCUCCCAACAACCAUGGACUUUGCGCCCUGGAGCAUCGCAUCCGGCAGCUCUCCUCAACUUUCUCAAGCCGCUCAAGGAGUCAUCAGAGGCGCCGCCGCGACGGAGCUACAACAGGACAUCGACGCCCAAAGCAACCUGAACAGCAUGUACUACAGCGGCAAGGCGCUCAGCAAAUUCGCAACCAUCAUCUACACGGUGGACAAGCUCCUAAAUGACCGCGCCACCGCCGCGCCUGCUCUUGAGAGACUAAAGCAAGCCUUUGCCCGCUUCACUCAAAACAGACAGCAGUACCCGCUAGUGUACGACACCGUCUGGAAAGGUGUGGUGUCCUCAGCCAGCUACGGUGGUGAUGUCGGUGCCGACUUUGGCAACACGCUGUACAACGACCACCAUUUCCACUACGGGUACUUUAUCCACGCCGCUGCUAUCAUCGGAAGCCUCGAUCCGAGCUGGGUUGGCCCCAACAGGGACUGGGUCAAUAUGCUCGUCCGGGAUGCCGGAAAUGCCGCAGCGAAUGAUCCGUUGUUCCCGUUCUCGCGCUCCUUCGAUUGGUAUCAUGGGCACUCAUGGGCCAAGGGCCUUUUUGAGUCGUUUGACGGCAAGGACGAGGAGUCGUCAUCGGAAGAUGUCAUGUUUGCCUAUGCGCUUAAGAUGUGGGGGAAGACGAGCGGCGAUGCGAGCAUGGAGGCUCGGGGAAAUCUUAUGCUGGGAAUCUUGCGGAGGAGCUUGCGCAAUUAUUUCCUCAUGGAGAGUGACAAUGCGAACCACCCGUCUAACUUUAUUGCCAACAAGGUGACAGGAAUUCUCUUCGAAAACAAAGUCGACCACACAACCUACUUUGGCAACAACCUCGAAUACAUCCAAGGAAUCCACAUGCUCCCCCUCCUCCCAUCAAGCACCUACACCCGCAGCCAGGAAUUCGUGCGCGAAGAAUGGGACGCCAUCUUCGCAUCCAACGCGGCCGCCCCCGCAGAGGGAGUCACCGGCGGCUGGAAGGGCGUGCUCUACGCCAACUUAGCGCUUAUCGACCCCGCUGCGUCCUGGCGGUUCUUUGCCCAGGAUGGCUUUGACUACGGCUGGAUCGACGGCGGUGCCUCACGCACGUGGUAUCUUGCUUUUGCUGCUGGUCUCGGCGGCGCAUAG